CAGGAAAAAGGCGGGGAACACCACCAGACACACACACCACGAGCACACACAGCACGCACAACACAGCACCCGCCCGCUUUAUCUAUUGAGGCCACAGAGUCGGCAGUCAUUUGUUUUUGUUUGCUGCGGCUCAAGCCAGAAAGAAUCCCACCACAUAUCAAGCCCAUGCGUAGUAGUGGCUUGGCGCCCCUCCUCCCUCUCUUUCUUCUCUGUCCAUCGUCAGGCUUGUGAGUGUGGCUUCUGUCGAGUAGACAACAUCAUUAUUAUCACAUUCAUCGAUCGUGCAACUGGAUCGUGCCUUCUUCAGACAUUCCCCCCCUCCUCCGCUUCAGCGCAUCUUUGCUUCCCCCUUCUUCAUCCCAGCAGUGGACACGGGUGUACUGGUACACUAUCGACCAUAGCCACCAUCAUGACCCAGAUGAAGCCGACCACCAAACCAAGGCGCCGAAGCAUCAGAGAGGUGUUUGAGGCACGUCUUGGACGAAGCAGAACCACCGGCAGAAGAGCUAGCACAGGCAGCCACACCGGUCGCAGCAGCGAUGGCGCGGACCACAACAACAACAGCCCCACCACCAACAACACUACCACCACCACCACCAACAACAACAACAACGACACCAUCAACAACGGCGUAACGAGGAGUGCAAGAAGAAGUACAAGCGACAGGAGUGAUCGGCUAGGCAUCGACAGGAAUUGGCGCCAACCAGGCCCUCCCACAACCAUAACCACCAGCACCAGCACCAGCACCACAGGAAGAGCAACAGGCGUGCCAACAGCAGCAGCAGCAGCUGCUGCUGCUACAGAAAACACACAAGCUGCAUUGGCAACAACCCGGGCCUUGACAACCGAAGAAGGGGACUUGACCCCGAAACGUGCGCACAUGUCUGUGUCUGCACUCUCCAGUCGGCCACGUCCACCGGCUCUCGCGCUUGUGCCGCUGGAGUUGACAACGCCGCGCCACAAGGUCCAGGCACGCAUGCACCCCUUGCCCGGUUUGGGUGACAGCAGGCUCGCUGCGUCUCCUGCAAGUACACCAGCAACCACCCCAACACUAGGAUCAGCUACCCCAGCAACCGUAACAGCAACAGAAGCAACAGUCGAAGCAUCAUCGGCAGUCGCAUCAUCAGCUUCAUCGUCUUCAACGUCGACAGCAGCAGGAGCAGCAACAGCAACACCAGGCGCACGCUCGCAACACCACAAGAUCACUGUCCGUAUGGCUGAUGCGUCCUUGCUCACCCGGCGCAUGCGGUACAAGCGCAGCGUCAGCCUGGGCGAUGUUCCGCUCGCCAGAGCACAGACACCAAAGCCCCUCUCGCUGCAGAACAAGCCUGGCCGUGUGACAAAGGCAAGCAGCGUCAGCACGGCCCAAGCUGCACCAUCGCAGGUUUCGGGUGCCUCAUUCAAGCCGUCGUCCUCCAAUCCCGCCACUGCCGCCACGACAGCCGCCGCUGCCAGCACGUCAGCAGGCAACCGCAGCGUGUUCUUUCCAACACCAUCACCGUCUUCGACCUCGUCGCCGUCUGCAUCUCUAUUGCCGUUUCCACUCAAGCAAGCGCCUUCGGCAUCGUCCCAUCGAUCAACCACAACUCACACAGCAACCUUGUACCCGGUGGCCAUCAAAUUUCCUGAAGCCCAACAAUACUAUCGUGUGCUUGAGCAACGACUGGCCUCGUGCGAGGUGUCGAUCAAUGCUCUCAAGAUGCAGCCUUGCAUGCCUCCGCGCCUCCGCGCACGCGUGUUCCACUGGCUCGCCGAUGUCUGCGAUCGCGCGCGCAUGACCCUCGACACACUCUUCUUCGCCAUCACCUACUUUGACACCUACUGCUCAGUGCGCCAUGGUGCCGUGACGGUCGCCAACAUGCAGCUGCUGGCCUGCGCCUGCCUGCGCCUUGCCGCCAAGAUUGAGGAGACGCGUGUGCCGUCGCUGCGUCUGCUAUCGCGCCUGACAGAUGGCGCCUGUCAGCCAACGGGCAUUGCGCAAUUUGAGCUUGACCUUGCUGCGGUGUUGAAAUGGCGUUUGAUCCGCAGCACCCCGCUGCACUGGACCCGUUUCUUCAUUGGCGUGGCCCUCGGUGACCCUUCCACGCUAGUGGGCAGCGCCCCGAGCUGUGUCGACCCGGCCUGGCUCUUCCGCUCCUGCCAGGUGCUGCAGCUGGCCAUGUCCGAUGCGUGGGCGCUGCGCUUUGAUGCGCGCCAGAUGGCCGCCGCCGCCGUCCUCCUCUCCGCCACCCGCCCCAUCGACAUCCUCGCCGUCACAGGGCUUGACAAGUGCGCCUUGAGGACGUGUUUGCGCUGGAUGCACUGCUUUGCACGUGUCAUCAGUGAACAGGAGGCGUUUCCUUCCACCCUCACCCGCGUCCUGGAUGAGCCAGGGCGCGUGCACUGCGUCACUUGGAUCAGCACUGCCACAACCCUCCGCAAGGCACAGGCCCUUGUGAAGACUGCGUUUCGGCAAGAGCCGCAGGCUUGUCCGCCCGCCAACAGCAGGGAGCCUGGUCUGCCGACAACCAGCACAGUACUCGUCAGAAGCACGCCUCCAGUCAAGCGCGUCGCUGCGUGCGGUGUUGUUGGCGGUGGGGAUGGCGCUGCCAACAGUGCGCUUGACGAAGAGGUGCAGGCUGCUUUCAGCCAACCGGACGCGAGCGAGGAAGGUGUGGGCGUGGCAGCGACAGCAUCGGCGGUCUCGACAGCACCUGCGCGCGCCAUCGCAGUUGGUUUCUGCCAUGAUGGAAGCAGUUGUGGGGCAAGUGGCCUCAAGCAACGAGGGGCGCUGGUGAGACAGCGUGCCAGUGCCCUGAGCAGCACAGCGAGCAGCAGCGCCAGCAGCGACAACGAAGGCGAUGAUGAUGAAGACGACGACACGGAUGAUGACGACGCACUGCUGGUUCGCGCUGCAGGUUCACACUGACGCCAGAAUACUGCCCGUCAUGUGUGUGUGUGUGUGUGUGUGUCAACGUGUGUGUGUGCGUGUCCUUCCUUGCACAUGCAUCGCUUUGCACGUGUGCGUGUGUGUGUGUGUGUCUGCGUAUGCGCGUGCUCGCCACUUGGCUCCAAGCAAACAAUGUCUAACAUAAAAUAAAGUACAGAUCUAUUGAAC